AGCUUUAAAACUGUCAAUUAGGUCAAAAUGAAGAGCCUGGUUGGGUGCUGUGGACUGAUCUUGGUCAUUUUCUUGAGUUUCACGGAGCAGGUAAAGCGUAAAGUCAUCUCUCCUCAAGGAACGGACUGCAAUGACAUUAAGAGCCGAUCUCCACAAUCAUCCAGUGGAGUUUAUGUAAUCCAGCCGACUGGAGUCAAGACCCUCUUCAAGGUGUACUGUGAGAUGCGUACUGAUGGAGGUUGGACGGUGUUUCAAAGGCGCACUGGUGGGCAAGUUUUGUUCAACAGGAAUUGGGUGGCAUAUAAAAACGGCUUUGGAAACCUUACACGGGACCACUGGCUUGGGCUAAAGAAGGUUUUCUUUCUGACUAAGAGCAAGACCAAAAAAUGGACCAUGAGGGUCGACCUGUGGGACCAUGAAGGUGGAAGUGCCUUUGCAGAGUACAGCAACUUUAAAGUGGGCAACGAGAAAACGGCUUUUAAACUGCAAGUCAGGAAAUACAAAGGAACUGCAGGUGAUGCCAUCCGGGGCUCAUACAGUGGAAUAGAUCAGAAUGGUUUCGGCUUCAGCACCCUUGAUCGUGACAAUGACGGCUGCACACCGUGCAUCUUUGGAGAUAUUGCUGUGAAUGAAUGUGCGUCCUCAGACGGCGGUGGGUGGUGGUACAGCAGCUGUGGCUCUGCCAGUCUGAACGGGGACUGGCACGCUGCUGGUGACCACCUGGGUUGGGCAUCAGGCCUUCACUGGCACACCUGGAAAACAGGUGCCCCUUAUUCUGCAAAGGCCACUAGAAUGAUGGUCAAGCCCAUGUAGUGGAAGAGUAACCUUACCAAACCUGACUCUGAUUUGACUUUUCCUUGAUAACAGAUUUUAAAGCAUAACAUUUACCAAGGCUUAAAGUGUUACAUUUGGACAGUUUCUCAUUACACUAACCCUUUAUAAGAUCUUUUUUACACUAAUCACACUGCUCUGUCACACUCUUUGGAGAUCCUCUAGGUCUAAGCUUGGAUUUCAUUGUCAACAGCUGAGAUAAAGCAAUUUUUUUUUAUAGCUGAAAAUAAUGUGGAGAUUUUUGUAUAUGCUUGAAAUUUUCUUGUACUUGUUUUAAACUCGAAAGCUUAAAAAAAUAUGGGAAAUAAACUCCCCUGAACAUG